AACAAAUAAAACUCAAAAAAAGUCGAAAUUAUAUCAAUCGUUUAUGCAAUCGAUCACUAUAAAAAAAGUGUAUUGUUUUGAAUAUAAUUUCGUUUGAUAAAGCUUGUAAUCAACAUAGUAUAAAUUGAAUAAUAAUUUAAUAAUUAAUCAUUGAAAUCAUGAGAAUAUCGUAUUCUUUUGAAGGAAUCUUUGUAUUCAUGAAAAUAAUUAAUUUAAAUUUAGAAAAUGUGUUUUUUUUUAACAAUUUUACAGAUCGAGAAUUGGUCUUAGUACAUUUAUAAGAUUCUAAUCAAUGUAAAAGAAUUGAAAUUGAUAUAAACGCGGUUUCUGAAUCGCGUAAUAUAAAGCGAGAGGGUUAAAAGGCGGUUUCCCUCCUUCCUACUGUCAUCAUCAGCUGACUUGUCGGUUUAUCGUUGAUUCAUCGUGUCUAAUAAGAGGUUCCUGUGAAUUGACUGAACAAAUUAUGUGACAUUCUCUUAAAUUUCUGAAAAGUGAUGGCUUCUAUUUGUCGCCGCUGGAGAUUAUGGAUUUUACCAGUUCUAACUUGUCUCUAUGCACUUCUUAUCAUAAUCUUAGUACCAAUUCUAUUGGCAAAUUCCAUUAAAAAUGGUUUUAAAAAGCAGGAUCAAGGAGCACUUGUGGGUGGUGCUUUUGUGCUGCUUGCUUUACCCAUUGCUUUCUAUGAAAUUGUGCAACACAUGAUAUAUUAUACACAGCCUAGACUGCAAAAAUAUAUUAUAAGAAUAUUAUGGAUGGUACCAAUUUAUGCAGUGAAUGCUUGGCUUGGACUGGUUUAUCCAGAAGGCAGUAUAUAUGUUGACAGUUUGAGAGAGUGUUAUGAGGCAUAUGUAAUAUACAAUUUUAUGAUGUAUUUAUUGGCCUACUUGGAUGCUGAUCGUCAGCUAGAACACAGACUUGAAAUCUCUCCUCAAGUUCAUCACAUGUUUCCCCUGUGUUGUUUACCUGAUUGGGAAAUGGGCAGGGAAUUUGUACAUAUGUGCAAGCACGGAAUAUUACAAUAUACUGCAGUUAGGCCUAUAACAACUUUGAUAUCUUUUAUUUGUGAAUUAAAUGGAGUAUAUGGUGAAGGUGAAUUUAGAACAGACGUAGCUUUCCCAUAUAUGAUUGCUUUAAAUAAUUUAUCGCAAUUUGUUGCCAUGUAUUGUUUGGUAUUAUUUUAUCGUGCCAAUGCGGAAGCUUUAAAACCAAUGAAACCAAUCGGGAAAUUUUUGUGUAUCAAAGCAGUCGUUUUCUUCUCUUUCUUUCAAGGUGUAAUUAUUGCAUUACUGGUAUAUUUCAAUGUGAUAUCAAGUAUUUUUAAUACGAACGAUAUAAAAGACAUUAGAAAUAUAUCGUCGAAAUUGCAAGAUUUUUUAAUCUGUAUCGAAAUGUUCAUGGCUGCAGUGGCUCACCAUUACAGCUUUUCAUACAAACCUUUUGUAAAUUUAGCACAGGGUCAAGCAUGGUGGGACGCAUUCAGGGCUAUGUGGGAUGUUUCCGACGUUCACAAUGAUAUAAAAGAACACUUGGGAGUAGUAGGAUCCUCGUUAAGUCGUAGAAUACGUGGUCGAAGCGCUUAUCAACAGGCCUGGGGAAGUGCAACGGAACGCACUUCUCUACUUCCAGAAGCUUCGGUAACCACAGCUAGAAGUGCACCUGCAUGUUCUUUUUCUGGUUAUAAUACAGCAGAGAUGGAACAAAAUGAUGGCACUAUUGACCUAAUCCCAGAUGUGCAGGAUACAAGUAACGCGGUGAAGACAUAAGACAAUUUUUUUUUUUUUUUUUACAGAAAAGAAUCAAGGGCACACUUUAAGAUUGCUCCGUACUGCUAGUAUUAUAUUUAACUCUGUUAUAUGGAUUGUUUUUUACUAAAUAGUAUUUUUUUAUCUAAUUUUUUUAAGCUUAAGAAAAAUAUAAAAUAAUCGUUAAUGUAUACAUAUGUAUUAUUUUUCGCUUCAAUUUUAUGUGCUGAGCUUUCUUAAAGUAUUAAAAAGUUUCUUUUUUAAUUGAAGUGAAAGUAAAAUUG